CCAACAAAACCAAAUUAACAGUUUGCUUCUUCCAGAAUCCACACAUUCGGUUCUAUCGAUCUUCUGUAAACUUCACUGUUUGCAUACUACUUGUAAGAAAGAACACAAUGGGAAGAGCACCUUGCUGUGAUAAGAAUGGACUCAAGAAAGGUCCUUGGACUCCUGAGGAAGAUCAUAAGCUCAUCAGUUAUAUUCAACUGCACGGCCCUGGCAACUGGCGCAAUCUUCCUAAGAACGCCGGGCUUCAGAGAUGUGGAAAAAGUUGUCGUCUUCGAUGGACUAAUUAUCUGAGACCUGAUAUCAAAAGAGGAAGAUUUUCUUUUGAAGAAGAGGAGACGAUAAUUCAGUUGCAUAGCAUUUUAGGCAACAAAUGGUCGGCUAUUGCUGCUCGCUUACCAGGAAGGACUGACAAUGAAAUAAAAAACUACUGGAACACACAUAUCAGAAAGAGGCUUCUUAGAAGCGGGAUUGAUCCUGUGACGCAUUCUCCCCGUCUUGAUCUUCUUGAUCUAUCAACACUUCUAAGAUCAACUAUGUGCAACUCUUCACUUCUCAGUGCGCCAAACUUGUUUGGUGCUCAAGCUCUCCUGAACCCAGAACUGUUAAGGCUAGCUUCUACUAUUUUAUCAUUAAAGCACGAAAACCAAGAAAUAGCCAUUCACUCUCCCCAGCAAAACCAGCUUUCUAAUAUUCCUCUGCUGCAAAACCAGACACCGAUUACUUCGCAAGUAAAUGAUCAGUUUCAAAAUCGUAUUCCAGAAGCUUCAAAUUUUGACCAGACACAACUUAGGCAAGCCAAUGUGGAAGGACCAUUGUCCAACUUGACAAACUGCACCAGCCAAAUAUUCCAAGAGAAUUUGAUACCUUCAAGUUUAACUGAAACUUUAGUUUCAGAAUCAAAUCGCAUGUAUUGUAGCUCAAUCCCAACAGUUUCUGUUCCGACUGAAAGUUCAAGUUUCCAAUCACUGAAUAAUGGAAACCAAAAUUUUGGCUUUGAUUCUGUUAUGUCAACGUUAUCAAGCCCAACUCCGUUGAAUUCAUCAUCUGCGUACAUCAACAGCAGCCCUGAAGAUGAGAGAGAAAGCUACUGCAGCAGCUUGUUUAAGUUUGAAAUUCCAGAGAGUUUCGAUAUUAGUGAUUUUUUGUAAAUGUUUUGUAAAUUCAUGUGAGACUUGUAAUUAACCAUCCUUCUGCAUUAGGGUUUGGUUUUUUACUUUCUAGCUGUAGUUGUCUUGUUGAUAUGUGGGAUUCUUUGUUAUUUUUUUAUUGAUGAAUACUUAAUGAUAAUAAUAAUAAUUAAUUACCCAUAAGCUAGUUUAAACGAUAGAAGAAUAUAAGUUCAAGGGCAGUCUCUGGACUGGGGCUUUGUAUUUAUGCAGCAAAAUGAAAAGGAAUCAGUUGAAAGCCUA